UUCUCCCUUUGGGGCCGUGGGCCAGGCUGGCUGUUGGAUGUGAAGACACGCUGGAGAAGACCACGAUGCUGCCUGCAAGUGCUGGCCACCGGUGGAGGAGCAGGUCCCUCAUGAGGUGGCAGGAGGCUUGUCUGCUUGGCUGCUGGCUCUCACUAUGUGCUGCUGAGUCCUUCUUUGCUUGCCCUUCCUCCUGCAAGUGUAACAGUGGCAACCUGGAAGUGGACUGCAGUGGCUUGGGCCUCUCUUCCAUUCCCUCAGACAUCCCCACAAACACCAGGACCUUCCUCUUUCUCAACAACAAACUCAGCAUCCUGCCAGGAGCAGUGUUUUCCAACCUCUCCGCUCUGCAGAGGUUGGAUCUAUCCAACAACUUCUUGGACCAGCUCCCUCAGAACAUCUUCAGUGACCUGGGGAACCUCACAGAGCUCCAGCUGAGGAACAACAGCAUCCGGGCCUUGGACAAGGACCUGCUCCAGCACACGGCCCUGCUGCGCCGGCUGGAUCUCUCCAUCAACGGCUUGGCCCAGAUCCCUUCGGGCAUCUUUGACGACCUCCCUGCUCUCCGCUCCCUCUCCCUCAGGUCCAAUCGCCUGCAGAGCCUGGACAGGGUGACCUUUGAGCCUCUAACCAGCCUGCAGCAGCUCCAGGUUGGGGAUAACCCCUGGGAAUGCGACUGCAACCUCCGAGACUUCAAGCACUGGAUGGAGUGGUUCUCCUACCGAGGUGGGAAAAUCGACCAGCUGGCCUGCACCUUGCCCAAGGAGCUGAAAGGAAAGGACAUGCGGAUGGUGCCCAUGGAGAUGUUCAACUACUGCUCCCAGCUGGAUGACGAGAACAGCUCUACAGUGCUGGACAAUACUGGCCCACCUUGCACUAAAGGAAGCCCUGCUCCUUCCAAAUCUAAAUCAGGCCCAGAAACAGAAGUGGAGCCCAGUGUGGGAUGCCCUCAGAAACAGCGGUACAGGCCUGUGAGCGUGCGCCGGGCUAUUGGCACUGUGAUCAUUGCAGGGGUGGUUUGUGGCAUCGUUUGCAUCAUGAUGGUGGUGGCAGCUGCCUAUGGCUGCAUCUAUGCCUCCCUCAUGGCCAAGUACCACAGGGAGCUGAAGAAGAGGCAGCCACUCAUGGGUGACACAGAAGGUGAACAUGAAGAACAAAAACAAAUAUCUUCUGUGGCGUGAAACUGUUCUAGGAAGGAAGGGACAGCGAUGAAAAAAGGUACCUGAGAGCAGUCAAGCAUGGGGUCCUCCCAAAAUACAUCUUCCCAGACAGA